AUGUCCUUCUUUGGGUUAGAAAACAGCAGCAAUGCGCGAGACGGUCCUCUGGACUUUGAAGAGAGUUACAAGGGCUACGGCGGGCAUGAACUCGAGGAGAACGAUUAUUUGAACGACGAAACGUUUGGUGAUAAUGUCCAGGUUGGUACAGACUUUGAUUUCGGUAAUCCGCGCAGCAGCAGUGGCAAUAACGCAGUCAAUGGCAAUGCCGUUGGCACGACGGCAAGGUCCUAUGUUGCGGCUACUGCAGAGGGAAUUGGCGGUCCAAGGACCAACGCAGCCCCGGCAGCUGCAGCACCCUUGGACUUGAAGCCAAUGGAGUCGCUGUGGUCCACCGCACCACCCCCAGCAAUGGUACCACCAUCUCAAGGAGCGAUGGCCCCGGGUCCGCAGCAAAUGGGUCCUCCACAGCCCAUUUUAUCAAUGCAGGACUUGGAAAGACAGCAACGCCAAAUGCAGCAGCAGUUUAUGAACUUCCAUGCUAUGGGUCCGCCACAGGGUCUCCCACAAGGUCCCCCUCAGCAGCAGUUUCCCAUGCAACCUGUGUCAGGUCAACCAGGUCCCUCACAGUUUGCACCCGCACCUCCACCUCCUGGCGUCAAUGUGAAUAUUGCUCAAAUGCCCAUCGGUCCUGCGCAAGUCCCAGUGCAAGCAUCGCCUUCCCCCAUUGGAAUGUCCGGUGGGCCUUCUCCAGGUCCUGCAGUUGGUCCAGGUAAGAUGCCUCUGCAAGGUGGACGCAGAUCGAAGAGAGACUUGUCGCCUGAAGAACAAAGACGUUUGCAAAUCCGUCACGCAAAGGUGGAAAAAAUCCUGAAAUACUCAGGUUUGAUGACCCCCCGUGAUAAGGACUUCAUCACCAGAUACCAAUUGUCUCAAAUUGUCACUGAAGAUCCUUAUAAUGAGGAUUUUUACUUCCAGGUCUACAAGAUUAUCCAGAGAGGCGGUGUCACUUCCGAGUCGAACAAGGGCUUAAUUGCCAGAGCGUACUUGGAGCAUUCGGGACACAGGCUCGGUGGUCGCUAUAAGAGGACCGAUAUUGCUUUGCAAAGAAUGCAAAGUCAAGUGGAAAAGGCUGUCACCGUGGCCAAGGAAAGGCCAUCCAAGUUGAAGGACCAGCAAGCGGCUGCCGGUAACUCCAACCAAGACAAUAAGCAAGCAAAUACCGUUUUGGGUAAGAUUUCUUCCACUUUGAACAGCAAGAACCCAAGAAGACAAUUACAGAUCCCCAGGCAACAACCUUCUGAUCCCGAUGCCCUGAAAGAUGUCACUGACUCCUUGACAAACGUGGAUUUGACCUCUUCGGGACCCCCCUCAGCUGGUUCAUCUGCCGCGGCAGCUGCCUCCAAACAAAGAAGAAGAUCUUCUUAUGCGUUCAACAACGGUAAUGGAACCACUAACUUGAACAAAUCAGGGGGCAAGAAAUUUAUCUUGGAGUUGAUCGAAACAGUUUAUGAAGAAAUUUUGGAUUUGGAAGCCAACUUGAGAAACGGUCAACAAACCGACAGUACUGCAAUGUGGGAUGCCCUUCACAUUGACGACUCUUCGUAUGACGUAAACCCCUUCAUCUCCAUGCUAUCGUUUGACAAAGGUAUCAAGAUUAUGCCCAGAAUUUUCAAUUUCUUGGAUAAGCAACAAAAACUGAAGAUUCUGCAAAAGAUCUUCAACGAACUAUCACAUUUGCAAAUCAUUAUAUUGAGUUCCUACAAGACCACUCCAAGACCAACACUAAUGCAACUGAAAAAAGUCGACCUUUUUCAAAUGAUCAUAUUGAAGAUUAUCGUUUCGUUUUUGUCCAACAACUCCAAUUUCAUCGAAAUCAUGGGUCUGCUGUUGCACUUGAUCAAAAAUAACAACGUUUCAUUCCUGACCACUUCCAAAAUCGGUCUAAAUUUGAUUACUAUUUUGAUUUCCCGUGCCGCCUUAAUCAAACAAGAUUCCUCAAGAUCAAAUAUUCUUUCAUCGCCUGAAAUUUCCACGUGGAACGAAAUCUAUGAUAAAUUAUUCACCUCAUUGGAAAGUAAGAUCCAGUUGAUUUUCCCUCCAAGAGAAUACAAUGACUACAUCAUGCGUUUACAAAACGAGAAGUUUAUGGAUGAAGCAUACAUUUGGCAGUUCCUAGCCAGUUUGGCACUGAGUGGGAAACUAAACCACCAAAGGAUCAUUAUUGAUGAGGUGCGCGACGAAAUUUUUACCACCAUUAACGAGGCGGAGACUUUGCAAAAGAAGGAAACAGAGUUGAGUACAUCACCUCAAAGGUCUCCAGAACUAGAAACAGAAUUGAAAUCCAUCACCUAUAAUAAAGAGAAACUAUACCAGGAUUUGAACCUGUUCCUGAACGUUAUGGGGUUGGUAUAUCGUGAUGGUGAAAUCUCGGAACUAAAGUAA